GAGUGUGACUAAAGCCAGUCUCUGAAACCAGAUCGGGUGCCGCGUGGAUCUCUCCUCAAAAGCUGAGCGUCCAAGGAAAGAGCGUCAGCGUCUGUGAGGGAGUCUUUGUGAAUCAGAUUCCACGGAAUACAAAACUUCCAAGAAUUCCAAGCUCGGAGAAGAAAGAACAAUGUCAAGUGCAAUCGUGAGACGAAGCUCCAGUAAGCAAGGCUUGCAGAACCUCCUGAGAGUGACGGCCCAGCGAAGUAUCGAAGAUGCUGAGGAGAUCGAGAGAGAAAGGCGACGUCGGGCCCGGGAGGCUUUCCGCAACCAGCAAAGCCUAUCUGGAUCUGCUGGUUCCCCUCAGGACAGUGUGAACCCACCUGAGACCGGCCUCUAUGAAAGUGAACUCAAACCCAGCUGCCCUAUUGCUGUGGAUGAGGAUGAAGGUUUCAGCGACUGGACCCAGAAGCUGGAACGGAGAACACGGUCCAGAAUGGAUGAGAACGGCAGUGGAGAACAGCCACAACAGGAGGAGAAAGACGUGAAUGCAAGAUCUAGACAAAGUGAGAAAAGCAGCUUCACCACUUCCAUACAGUAUCAGCAAACGCAGGACCGAGAAGAAGAGGAGAAAAGACCGGAGGGGAGGAGGAGCGCUGAGAGACGAACAGAGAUCAGUGAGAGGGUUAGCAGUCAGAGACCAGAGGAAUGUUGUCUGAGCCUACCCCCGUUUUCCUGUUCUCCACUCUUCUCCAGCAGGACUGUAGAUGUAAAUCAGGCCUUUGAGACUAAGAAAGACAUGCACGCUGGUCUGGAGACCAAGCUGAAGCUGGAGAAGAUCAGACAUAGCCACCAGGAGAAGGAGCAGCUACAGCAGCGUCAGGCCGAGGCUGAGCUGGAGCUGGAGGAACUGAAGAAGAAGAGAGAGGAAAGACGCAAGGCUCGCGAAGAGGAUGAGCUGAGGAGAGAGGAAAAGGAACAGAAGAAACUAGUCAAAAAAGAGGAGGACAAGAGGCAGAUGAAGGAGGACAUUGAGAGGAGGAGGAUGGAAGCAGCAGAGAAGAGAAUGAAGAAUCUCAACAUCACUUCUACAGAUGGUGAUGACCCAUUUAACCCUCUAAACCCCACAAGUCCAGCUUUCAAGAUCACUGAGAGAACAGAAUCCUUGAAUCGAUCUUUAAAGAAGAGUAACAGUUUCAAGAAGACCCAGAGACCUGUACUCCUGCCCAAGAUCGAUGACAAACUGGAACAAUACACACAUGCAGUCGAGAUCUCCUCUAAAGAAGCAAAGAUGACUAAGGCAGCAGUAGUGGACCUGCCUAAUGUCUCUGCUCCGGUGGCCUCCAAAAAAAGCCUGUUUGAAGUGGGAGAGGCCUGGAGUCAAAGCAGCCCAAAAGGAACACCUUUGAAGGAUACAGACUGUGUGAAAGUGGGUGUAGCAAACCUGAUCAACCAUUGGGUGAAAGGAAGUCCAGAAGGCGGGAACAGACACUUCCUCUCCACACCAUCUGAUGUUAAACCUGGAGAUGUUCUGCAGAAAAAGAACAUGUGGGAAAUUAUUGGAGAAGGUUCUGCAGCCGAGAGGCCGGGACUGGGAGGAAAGGCCUCCUCCUCGGGUAAACGAUGCAAGUUUGUUGUGACAGGCCAUGGGAAAUACGAGAAGAUUUGAUGGUGAUCAUUACAGCGUCUACCCGAAUGAGUGAGAAAGUGAACUUCCCAGUGAUCGCUUGUGAGGAAUUUAAUACAGCAAUAACAUCUUUCCUGAUUCACCAAGAACAGAUAUACAUUAACAUAUAUGUAGUACAAUAUUUCAGUCAACUUUUCAAAACAUAAGGAAGAAACAGUUACACUAAAUUGUUACACUAAAUUGUAUGUGCUUUUAUGUUUUUAUUCUUUUAUUAUGAUUGUUCAAUUUUUGACUGUUCUAAUGGCAUGACGUUGGGACGUUUCCCUACAAUCUAUUUGUCGCAUGUAAAAAGCAAACUUAUUCUCAGAAAUCUGACCAAUUGCAACAGAAUAUAAAGUCUUAGUUUCUUUUUUUUCCCCCUCAGUAUUUUCUGAAGUAUUUGUGCUGAAAUUAUGCCCACUUAUAACAAUGUAUGAACUGAAUGUGAAUGUCAAAUAGAUCAAAUAGUGAUGAUUUUUGUCAACUGUUGUUAUAUUGAUUAUCUAUGCUAUUUUUAUACUAUGACACAUUGUUACAUUUAUAUAGACUUGAAUAGUAGAUUAACAGAAUAUUCCAAAAACAUUUUCCAAAUUCCUGCAGCUGAUUCUUAUGCAUUUUAAGUCACAAAUGUUUUUACUGUUAUAUUUUAUUACAAAUAUGACAUUGAUUUUCUUGCCCCUCUGCUCUAGUUCUUCAUAGUUUUGCAUUAUGCAUAAUUGACUACACUUUUUGGAUUUCAAGAAAACACUGGACUUUCUCCAUUUAUCAUAUUUAUAAUAUUAAUCUAAACAUGUUUGUUUAGUUACAAGCAUUGUGCUACCCACUGGUAUUGAGAAUGGUUAAAACAAGAAUGUCAUUUGUAGGCCAUUACAGCUUUUAUUUUCAAUAAAUUUGAUAUUUUGUAUGAUUCUUAAUUUAGAUUUUGGCUGCUUAUUCUCAAUGUAAAAUGGAAAUAUCAGAAUGGUUUUCACUUGAUAAGAUGUCUCAGUUAUGACAUGUUCCCAUGCAGUAAACUUCCACAACACAUCUAGGAUAGCUCAUUGGCCUAAUUUAAGGGUGAAAGCAAAUGAGCAAGUCAUCUGCUCCAUGUCACAGAGUGUGGUGCCACUUUCCACCCUCACUGUAAACCAAUGCCAAGAGAUCUGGGGGCAGUAGCCAUAGGUGGGGCAGCUACAUAAUAAAUCACUGAAAAUGUA